UCUUCCCAAAACUUUGUCCGCGCCCUUAAGGCUACCCCCGACGCAGGCGAACCCUCAAAGAUACAAGUUGCGAAAGAGGCAUGGGACACACCUUCAUUUCACAUCCCUAACAAAGGAGAAACAAUUGUGGACUGGGCCCUGACGCGGUUGUUGAAAGACCGCGCAAACGAACCGACUUCGAAUCCUAUCUUGGAUCUGCGGUAUUGGGAGCUACUUGCUGAUGUCUUAUAUCCGCGCUCAACAUCGCAAACUAUUGGAGAGUCUACCCGCAUGCAUAAGACAUGGCUCCUCCCUCUCCUCAAUAGGACUCCCAUUGCGCCUAUCGUCAUCUCUCUGUUCAAUCUAUCGACUAGCUUCGAUUUGAAUGAAAGGAGUCACAUAUACUCAAUAUCUUGUCGAUCUAUAUCCUUGCUUUGGCCACUCGCCGUACAAAAAAUCACCCCAGACUCCUUGCUAGAUUGCUUCGGGGCGUUGCUCGGGCCCUUGGCUGUCUUCGAUGCUCUUGGGGCACCAUCAGCAGACGAUGGCUUCCAAAAAAUUGGAUCGAUGGUCACCUUGUCGUUGAAAACAGCGUUGAGCAACUCUUCGAAUAAGAAGAAGCUCCACCAAAUUUUUGUGCAAAAUCAUCUUGAGAGCUGGCUUCGAUGUAUGGUGAAGUCACCUUGCGAUGGUGACGGAAUGUUGCAACCCCCACUACUCUCAGACAUAUAUGCGGUUGGAGUGGAACUUCUCUUCAGUCUCGAUACCCUACGGCAACUCUCCGAUGCGAAUGCCUCUGCAUCUCUCUUCAGUUCCUUCAAAUCCAUCAUCACCACCUUGCCCAAUAUUUCUCUUCCUAUAUUGCCGCACCUGCUAGCCUCUUUCGCGCAGAAUGUCCGAAAACAUCGUUCAGCUAUAUUCGGUCCAGGAGACGCGUCGCUGCUAGACGCGCGCACAAGUUCUGUGAAGUUUUUUGCUGCUCUAGAAGAGAGCUUGAGAAAUCUUGGGGACAAUAAGCAGCAGACGCAGGUAUGGAAGGCGCGAGGGGAGAUUCUGACCGUUGUCGAGAAAGAGAAUCUGUUCGUGGUCGGGUCGGAAGAGGCUGAAGCUUUGUUGAAGGAGGACAUUGAUUUGGCCAUUCAUGCUCUGGGCGAUGCUUGGGAAGAGUCCCGAAAACCCCUAACAGAUCUGUCUAUCAAAGUCCUAUAUAUUAUCACCCGCAUAGAUUACGAAUUGAUAGAUGAUUACAUCCCGCGCAUUCUCCCGAACCUGCUGACAAUUCCAACACCUGUACAGCCCCCUGAAUCUUCAUCCACCUGGCGCACAAUGUACACAAGCACCGCUGCAUCUCCCAUCCUGAUGUCCUCCCAUCUUGAAAAGCUCUCGCGAUCUGUCCACGCCUUCUUUACCCCCGGACAGCUACUUAGCACGACGCGAGACGUUCUCAGUGCUCUACAAAAAAUAUGGGAAGGAUUUUUAGACGCGUACAAAAUAGAUUUAUCUCACAGCGGAGUCGGCGCUCGGAAAAAGAGGCGCAAGUCCGCACCAAAGGAGGAAGUCGCAUCUACGAGCUUGAAUGUGGACUCGUGGGCAAUACGCUUUGCCCAUGCGGCGAGAGUCGUGUCAUCAGUAAUUUCAGCACUGCCCGUUCAUCUAGUCACGGACGAAGGACAAGAAGAGAUAAGGCAUACAGUAAGGAGCGCAAUGGAAGGGUUUGUCAGCGAAGCAAUACAGACAAGCUUAGAGCAGGUUGGCCGAGCGGAAGAGGACCGAGCGAGAGCCGACGGAGACGAGUGGGCAGCACAGGUUGUUGGCACCACUGCGUUGAGGCUGAGAUAUGCCGUGGAAGCCGCUGGUGAUUUUGGAGACAUUGCGUUUGAAAAAGCAGAAGAAGGGAUGGUCGCCGUUGUCUCGAAUGAAAACGCCCUUCCCGAAUAUCGCAUCGAAAUAUUCCGUACUCUAUUCAAGCGAUCGGCCUAUCCUGCUUUCACGCAUCGUCAAACCGUGAUCAACGCCGCUCUGACAUAUCUCGAGAGAUAUUUUGCGAGCCCUGCAUUAUUGAGCCCUGCUACGUGGACUGGCCGAUCCUCUCAGUUGGGCUUCGAAGACCACGGCCACGCCACGGCUGCAGUCGGUCUACUGCGACUGCUUACACCCUUCGCAGUCGUCCUAGAAUGCUUCCAUUCGGCGGACUUUUGGGAAAAGAGCAACAUUCGCGCUGCACUGCUGACAGUGCUCCAGAUGAAGACGUUUUCACUCGACGCAAUAGAUGUCCCGCACGUUCUGGCACGCUCAAAUAGCAGAAGGAGUCGAAGGGUUUCUGUGACGACCACACAGAUUCAAGAUGCUGCAGGAGCAUAUAGAUUUUUACUAUAUAGCCCGAGCGAAUACCUCUCGCGAUCGUCGCGAAAUGAUCUGCUCAAGCGAGCUAUCUCUCUGGAUAUCGCCGUCGGAGUUUCACCAUCACUACAUCAAGAUGCAAAUAACGUCUCGCUGGUUGUUUCCUUGAGGGCUUUUUUGCUCAAAACCUUUAGUUUCAUGGGAUCGGCUGAGCAUCAGCUCACCCUUGAGUAUGUGCUGCACAUGAUCGAAACGACACCGUCCGCCAUAUUUGACUCCGACUCCAUCACUCUCAACCUCAUUGACUUGCAUCUAAUCACGAUAAUACGUGACGCGGAGAAGGGGACAGACAACGCCCUCAUACAAACAGUCAAGAGGCUAAUCGGAUUGCCUUUUGACUUUGGCUCACAGACCGCAAUCCCCCGCCUGAGUGGGCUUCGGUUAAUGAGUAUGUUAACCGGAGGAACGACCGUUUCUGUAUUGUCGCAGGCCUUGUUAGCGACAUUGAUGAAACUAUAUGAGCAUAUAGCGGGAAUUGUUCACCCUCUUGUCGAGAACGUCGUGAACUCCGGAGACAUAUCCGGGUCUUGUGAUGUGCUCGAGUGUUGGUGCCAAUGUAUCGCAUUUGGACGCUGGAUA